AUGAAUGUCUUGACUAUUCUUCCAUUUUUUCUACUUAUUCUAUUAUCUAAUCUAAAGCAAACAAUUGGAAAAACUGAUUGUCGAUGUGAAUGUUGUACAUCACAAAAUUGUAAUCCUACAUUAAUAGGCACUCAUAAUUUAUGGUUUUGUUCCGAAACAACAUCAUGUACAAAAAGUGAAUGUAUUAAUUGGCAUCCUGCUAGUUGUCCGAGAGAAGAUGCAUCUGGACAAACACGAGCAAUAUGUGUAUCUAAUGCUGAACGUCGGCUGCCAAUGAUUUUAUCUUUAUUUGCUUGUUUUUUUAAAGUAUUCUUUCCACAUAAUCCUCGUCAUUCACUUCAAAAAAUCGAUUAUCCACUUUGGAAUACAACUACGACAAUAAUAGUACCUAUACGUCGACCAUCAACUAUGCCUCAAAUUCGGUUGGAUUGGUUAGAAAAAUUUGGUCUAAUAAAAAAAACAUCGACAUCAACUAUGGCAACAAAUUUAUUUAAACAACGAUUUUGA